UUCGUUGCACUUAAUCGGAUUCCCCGAGCUGCCGUGCGGAGGGGUGGGAGUUAGAACCAAGUCCAUCUGUAAUGUUCGCUUCAAAAUCCAGUUCUGUAUCCCCUUCUCCGUCCAUGGAGCAGGCAGACUCAGAUGCUCUGGACAUCAGCACCAAAGUGCAGCUGUACGGCGUGCUCUGGAAGAGACCCUUCGGCAGGCAGUCGGCCAAAUGGUCCAGGAGGUUCUUCAUCAUUAAGGAAAGCUUCCUGCUCUACUAUGCUGAGAGUGAGAAGAAGAGCUUUGAAAGCAAUAAAUACUUCAACAUCCACCCCAAGGGUGUCAUACCCCUGGGAGGCUGCAUCGUGGAGCCCAAAGAAGAGCCCAACAUGCCUUUUGCCAUAAAGAUCUCUCAUGAAGACUUCCAUGGUAACAUUGUUCUAGCAGCCGAAUCAGAGUUUGAGCAGGCUCAGUGGCUGGAGAUGCUACAGGAGUCUGGAAAAGUGACCUGGAAGAAUGCCCAGCUGGGAGAAGCCAUGAUCGAGAGCCUGGAAGCCCAAGGACUGCAGCUGGCCAAGGAGAAACAGGAGUAUUUAGAUAAGCUAAUGGAAGAAACAGAAGAGCUGUGUCUGCAGAGGGAGCAAAAAGAGGAGCUUGAGCGUCUGAACCAGGUCCUGGAAGCAGAGAAGCACCGGUUUGAAGAGGUGGUACGGGAGCUGCGGCUGGAGCAGGAACAGAUCAGGCGGGAGCUAGAGCUCACAGCCCGCUCCCUUAAAGGAGUGGAGGAAGAAAAGAAAGAGCUGCGAAGCCUCACACAGUCCUUACAGAAAACCCUAGAGGAGCUCUCCCUGGAAAAGCAGCAAAUGCUGGAGAUGCUGGAAGAAAAUGAGAGCCAGCUCCCACCUCCAACCAGCCCCAGCAAGGAGCAAAGCCCCAUCUGGGGACUGCACUGCAGCCUGCAGCAGAUUGAAGAGAAGAUGCAACAACUUCUGGAGGAGAAACUCCUGGCAGAGAAGAGGAUGAAGGAGAAUGAGGAGCGGUCCCGAGCACUGGAGGAGGAGAGGGAGUUUUACUCUUCCCAGUCGCAAGCGCUGCAGAACUCGCUCUCCGAGCUGACCGCGGAGAAGCAGCAGACGGAGAGAGACCUCAAGGCUGAGGUGAAGGUACGCAUGGAUCUGGAGAAGAGACUAAGGGAAGCUGAGGAAGCAUUGCAGAGCUUGGAGCAAGGCUUAAAUUCUCUGGAUUGCAACAAGGAGAAAGAGGAGAAGAUGAAGGCAGAUGUCAGUAACUUGAGAAAGUUCUUUGAAGAGUGCAUCCGCAAUGCCGAGCUGGAGGCCAAGAUGCCAGUCAUCAUGAAGAAUUCUGUGUACAUCCAUAAGGCUGCCACUCGGCGCAUAAAGAGCUGCCGCUUCCACCGCCGGAGAGCCAGUGCUUCGUGGAAUGACCUGAAGCAGUCCCAGUCCUUCAUCUUCUCGCACGCAGAAGCUGAAAACAUUGAGGAGCUGAAAGAAACAGCCAAAAGACUGAGCCGGGACCAGCACUUCAGGGAGACUCUCUACCAAAUCAUGAGGAAAUGGCUCACUGCACACCCCCAGUUAAUCAGCACUUCGGUGGGGCACGUUUCGUGGCACAUUUCCUGAAGACCGCAACAAGCCCAGCCUCCCAAGCACAGGCAAGAAUAUCAAACACGGGGCAAUCUCUUGAUACUAUGUUAUUUCAAGCAAAUGGUAGCAACAAAAGGUGAAGACAACCUGAGGAUGCUGUGGAUUUGGCUCCAAGGAGGAUCAU